AUGCGUCGCAAAUUCGGGUCUUCGCAGGAAGGCGACGAAUCCGACUCGUCCGUGGAGCCCGAUGUCAUCGACUACCGCAACGAGGCUCGCUGGGGCGCUCCGGAAGUGAGCCUGGGAGGCCUCUACCAGAACAAGCACACGAAGAAGAACUGGCAUCCGAGCGUCCGGAUGAACCGCAAGCGCCCGAAGAAGUACCUCAAACGCAUCGAUGAGAAGCUGGAGGAGAUGAAGAAGGAGGGCAAGAGGCAGCUCAGCGAGGAGAUGUCGCAGGCGGUGACGAAGUGGGAGAAGGCCCAGUUCGAGCACAAGGAGGCGAAGCUCGUGCUGGACAAGGAGGUGGAGACUUUCAAAAAGCUGAAGGAGCGCUCCGAGAAGCUGGUUGGGGAGCUGGAGUGGGUGAGCAACUACCUCGGCGAGGAGCGGGCGAAGUUCACGUCCUUGCCCCUUCUCUGCCCUGUCUGCCAAAACGAAGUCGAUGCCAAGGUGGAAGCAGUCACGGAGGUCCUGCCCACUCCUGGCGAAGGAGCCGGGUCGAAUGAGGAGGAGAUCCGAGAUUCCGCGGAGCAGGAUGAGGCGGCUCGCCGCGCGCGCGAGGCGGCGGAAGAAGAG